ACUAUUGGACACUGGACUUAGCGCAAAGUAUUCAAGUUUGCUUCUAGGUGCCGCGCACGCCUCGCAAUUUUGGGUUCUAGUAUGGAUCCAUCAUUCAUAAAUGAAUUAACUAACUGUUUACAACAUACUGUUUCACCAGAAAGAGAAACCAGAAGAUCAGCAGAGGCAUAUCUGAAGGCUGUAGAACUACGCCCAUCGUAUUGCUUAUGCUUGCUCCAUAUUCUUCAGGAUCCGAAUGUCCCUUCCCCAACACGAAUAGCUGCAGCUAUCACUUUGAAAAACUUCAUCAAGAAUCACUGGCAAGUUGACUCAGAUGAGACAGAUCGUAUACAUGCAUCUGAUCGUGAUGGAUUACGCAAUCAAAUUAUUGGAGCUAUGCUUUCUGUAGCAGGGAAUAUUCAAUCGCAACUUUCCGAAGCCAUAAGUACAAUUUGGCGAGAGGAUUUCCCAGAAAAAUGGCCGAAUUUGAUACCUGAAUUAGUGCAAAGAAUGGCACAACUUGGCGCAGAUUUAAAUAUGGUCCAUGGAGUUCUUUAUACGGCUCAUACAUUGUUUAAAAGAUAUCGUCACGAAUGCGCUGGUCCAGAUUUGUACAGAGAAAUGAAACUUGUGAUUGGUCAAUUCGGUGCACCACUUACGGAACUUGCUAAGAAUCUCCUUGCCUUGGUUAUUGGAGCGAAUCGGAUCUCAGAUGCCUCACGUUUAACUACAGUUCUUCAAUGUUUACUACUAGUCUGUAAAAUAUUUCUCAGUCUUAAUUGUCAAGAUUUACCAGAAUUUUUCGAAGAUAAUAUACAAGAUUGGAUGACAUUUUUUCGUAGUUUAUUACAAUUAAAUGCAUCAACUUUAAAUUUAACCAAUGAAACAAAUGAAAAUAAUAAUGCUACAGUUUUAGUUGAACAAAUUAAAUCACAAAUUUGUGAUAAUGCUAGUUUAUAUGCAUCAAAAUAUGAACCAGAAUUUGCUUCAUAUCUUCCUGGUUUUGUUACUGAUGUAUGGGAAAUGUUAUUAGGUACUAGUGCUCAAACAAAAUAUGACUUGCUUAUUGGAAAUGCAAUUGGAUUUUUAAGCUGUGUCAUAUCUCGUCCACAGCAUAGACAUUUAUUUGAAAAUCCUGAAACAUUACAAAAACUCUGUGAAAAAGUUAUUCUUCCUAAUAUGCAUUUUAGAGCAUUAGACGAAGAAUUAUUCACUGAAAAUCCUGAUGAAUAUAUUCGCUUAGAUUUAGAAGGUUCUAAUGCACAAACACGUCGAAGAGCAGCAUGUAAUCUAGUUCAUGUAUUAUGUGAAGCGUUUGAAGGUGCUGUUGUAACAAAUUUCGCUACAUAUAUUGAACAUUUAUUAAAUGAAUAUACAAAUACACCAAAUGGUGGAGCAUGGACUUCAAAAGAUGCAGCUUUACUAUUGGUCACUUCAGUUGCUAGUCGUGGUAAAACAGAAAAGCAUGGUGUUACAGUCUCCACUGAAUUGGUUAAUCUAACAACAUUUUUUGAAAAUCAUGUUCUACCUGAAUUACGAAAUCCUAAUGUUAAUUAUUUGCCUGUGAUCAAAGCGGAUUGUUUACGUUAUGCUAUUGCAUUUCGUUCACUACUUCCAUCUGUGGCCUUAGUCAAUCUAUUGAAUAUGACUCCAGUGUUACUUACUGCUUCAGCACCGGUUGUACAAAGUUAUGUAGCUUCAUUAAUUGAUAAAUUAUUGGCUAUGCGACGAUUAGAUUCACCUACAGAUCCUGUAAUACUAAAAGAACAAGUAUCAGAACCUCAAUUAUUAAUUGAUAGAUUAUUGAAUAUUUUGAAUAAUCCUGAAUAUGGUGAAAAUGUUUAUGUAAUACGAGCCUUAAUGCGAGUUUGUUGCUGUUUACAGGAACGUUGUCUACCUUCAAUGACAUCACUUGUAUCCACUUUAUUAGCUCGUCUUACUCAAGUUGCAAAGAACCCAUGUAAACCUGAUUAUAAUCAUUUCCUAUUUGAAACAAUCUGUUUAUGUAUUCGUUUAACUUGUGCCACGGAACCAGCUUUAGUGUUACAUUUUGAAGCAGCAUUCCUUCCAAUCUUUCAAGAUAUUUUACAACAAGAUGUUGUUGAAUUUGUACCAUAUGUAUUUCAAUUGAUCAGUGUUAUGCUAGAACAGUAUCCAUUAUCUCAAACUGUUCUAACUAAUUGUAAAUUACCACAACCUGUUAUCAAUGGCAUGACAACAGGAACACCUAGUAAUUUCCGACCUUCACAGGCUUAUUCAGCUUUACUUCAACGAAUCCUUGUCCCAUCUCUAUGGGAACCAAAUAGAAAUGUUCCAUCGCUUGUUCGUUUGUUACAAGCUUACCUGUUACAUAAUAUGGAUGAUGUGUUAGCAGCUAAUAAGGUUCAUUCUUUGAUUACACCGAUUCUAGGAGUAUUUCAAAAAUUAGUUAAUUCUUCUAUAAAUGAUGUGUAUGCAUUUGCUUUAUUAAAUGCUAUUCUAUUAUCUGGUCCAAAAGAUAUUUUAAUGCCAAACUAUUUUCGUCAAAUAUUCAUGAUUAUAUUUCGUCGAUUACAAUCAUGUAAAAGAGAGAAAUUUAUGAAAGCUUUUGCAUCAUUCAUUGCUCAUAUGGUAUUAAUCUAUUCACCGAAUGAAUUGAUUACACUUGUUGAUAGUAUUCAAUCAAAUCUAUUUGCUCGUGUACUAGAAAAAGUUCUUAUUCCAUAUGCUGAAAUUAUUAUCGCUACACCAUUGAUUUCAACUAGUGGUUUUGCAAAAAGUGCUGAAGUAUCUAGUCUACCAUCUACUUCUGUCUGUACAGAAUGGCGUAUGAAUAGUAUUGGAUUAAUCCGAUUUAUUGGUGAAGCACAAGCUUUACUUACCAGUGGUUCUACUUAUCGUGAAUCAUGGCUUCCUUUAUUAAUAAAAAUUAUUGCCGGUUUGGCUAGUGGUCCAGGACGUGGUGGUGAUGCUGCGAGCGAUUUGGCUGUAUCGAUGGCAAUGAAUUCUAUGGUAGAUGGUUUUCAAAAAGAUGAACGUUUCAUUGAAAUAGACUCAGAUCCUUCUGGUCAGUCAGCUUACUCUCAGUUGACAUUUGCAAUUCAAAAGUUACCGGAUUUAUAUGCUUCAAUUACUGAUCCCCGUGUUUACUUGGCAAAAACAUUGCAUGAUUUAUCCAAUCUAUCUCCUGGCAAGGUAAUGAACUAAUCAAUUAAUAUCAGAAUGGGGUUUGUGUAGAUUGUAGUAAUUUAAUAAUUAAGUUCAUAAGCCCAUUUAAGCUAGACUACCAUGAAAAACUUGGAAGCACUGGACGACCGUUUCAUCCUAAUAUAGGGCUCCUCAGCAGCGCUCAUUGACGAUCCCGCACGCGGGACUCAAACAUAGGACUAUCGGUCUCAUUGGGUCUUCAUAGUGUCCAGGUGUGAUUUCAUGGCAAUUGACGAAUUCUCCUGACUUUGUCUCUUAUUUCAUUUGAAUGUCACAAAAUCUAGAUAAAAGACAACAACAGAAUAAAUUGAGAUUUUAGUAACCAUAAAUUAGUUUUUUCAGUGAACUGCCAUCAUGACUCAUCAAACGUCAUCUAAGUGUUGUAUAUGUACAAUUCUCUUUUGCCGGUACUGGCCAAAUAUUAGGUAUUACACUCUUUCGAUCUAAAUCUCUACUAACAGAAAUAUUUUGUAUAAUCACAGCUCCUGAAUACUCAGACGUGGUCGAGGGCAGUAAGAGUCUGCUAUUCGCUGCCUCUGGCAGGGAAUUCAUCACUGCUUUCAGAUGGUAAGGCGUUGUUCACAGAAGUGAGAGUAUGGAAAGCAAAUGUCCGACACUUAAACCGGGUUGUUGAGUACAGAUGAUUCCAUCUAAAGAGAGUUAAAAACUGAUUCCAAACCAAAUCAAAUACUCUCUCUUACAUUGGUCUAAAUAUUCCAUAUCACUUUCAUACGCCUAAUUAACUUUCGACUAAUUCUUUUGUGAUUUCUUCAAAUUGUACUACUGAAUAAUAUGAAUAUAGUCGUUGAAUAUUAUUAACGGUGAUUUAUGAUUCAUAGUUGUUCGUCAAUCCGAAAUUCUACUGUAUUUUCUCGGUAUUACUUUGAACUCACCAAUGGUGAACUUUAAAGUAUUGUUUAGUUAGUCAAAAUCAAUGUAGAACCUGAGAUAUGCUUGCAUCGGUUCAAGUCGUCUAUUAACUUAAAAUUCAGCUUAUCUUUAGUUUAUUUAUUCAUUUAAACACAUAAAUCAUUUAAUUUAUGUGAGGGCUGGGAUACUGCCCGGGUGCCGAGACCGAAGCAGGUGGUUUUCUUAGGAGCCAUACUUGGAGCCUUCGACUUAAAGGUCUAAUCCACACGGCAGUGGAGCAACGUAAAGAGAUGCAGUUCACUGAUAGCCAGUUAGCAACAAUAGGUUCAUACGCCAUUUAUUCCUUCAAGAUCCUGGAACCCAUGUACAAAAUUGGUUUGGAAUCAGAGUUUUCCAACUCGCCACCAACCCGUUUAAAGCGCCGGACAGUUGCUUUUCGUUCUGUCAAUUUCGUAAACAACAGUAAUGCCGCGAAAAGGUAGUGAGUAGGAUUUCUCCUGGCAGUGGUUGUAUGCACAUAGCCAUGUGAGAGCAUUUCGAGAGAGAGAUAGUUGACUCUCCCCACUCUCGGCCGUAUCAGGGCAUUGGGGGGGGGGCUGAAAUAGGAACAACAAUAAUAAUGAUAAUAUACAUAGAAUUACAAUGUUUUCUCAUAUCAUUCGUUCAUUCAUUAUUAUUAUCGUUUGUUUGUUUGUUUGUUUAAUUUCUUGAUGUAGUUACCUGUAUUACUGAAUUCUAUCACAGAACAAUCUAUCACUUUAUACUUAAAAUCAUUAAUGGAACGUAGUCAACUAUGUAUUAAUUAGAAUAGAAUACAAUAUAGGAAAUAUGCACAGAAAUAACAACAAAAAAAAGAGAAGAAAUUAUACUACUUCGUUAUUAUUUUUUCCCGUAAGAAUUAUAUGGAUGUAUGUGUUUGUGUGUGUGUGUGUGAAUGAGUUCAACUUUCAAAAUCCAUACUAAAUCCUUGUCGUUCCUUCUAUUCUCUCUCACUCUGUUUCUCUUCUAUUUCAUUCUCCUUGAUUCCAUUCAUAAUGUGUUGUAGUGAUUACCGGUACGUUUGUCCUUUUUUCCCUGUGUGUAUGUAUGUACGUGUGUGUGUGUGUGUGUGUCCCCCCAAUUAAAAGAUGAAACAAUUUGAUAUGAUGAAGAGUAUACCAGUAUUAUUAUUACUUAUUGGGUUUCUUUUUAUAUUGUCUUUUGUUAUUAUUUUCCAAUUCCUCAGAUUCAUUGAUCUUUUUCUGUUCAUUGUUCGAGCUCACUCUGUAUGUGGGUGUGUGUGUGUGUGUACGGGGGAGAGGUCUCAGAUUUCACUCUGUCUUGAAAGUUUCCUUCUUUUUUUUUGUUUCUAUUUCCAAACUGUUCAUUCACUUUUUCCUAUCUACUUUUAUUCUUUUCUAAUGUAUGUAUGUAUUGUAUUGUAUUGUAUUGUAUAUUUGUUUGAAUUUAUCAUAGAUACAUGAUCAAAUGAACAAAAUAAAAACUUUCGUUUUGUU